UUUGGACCUGAACACAGAUGGAGAAACAGAUGAAUAAAACAAACUUUACUUGCGUGACAAUCUCUCAAAGCCCUAUCAGUGACUUCCUGAUGGGCAUCUACAUCCUGGCCUUUAUCCUGGGCUUGGCCUUUAACCUCUUGACCCUUGGCCCCAUCGUCCAGCAGGUCCGCAGCCAGAACGUCCUUGGGGUAUUCCUGCUCAACCUGUCCCUGUCUGACAUACUCUAUAUCCUCACCAUGCCUCUCUGGAUCAACUACUACCACCAGGACCACCACUGGAGCCUGGGCAGUCUCUCCUGCAGCGUGGCCGGCUUCUUCUACUACUCCAACAUGUACCUUAGCAUCUACCUGCUGUGCUGCAUCUCUGUGGACCGCUGCCUGGCCGUCACCUACCCCCUGAGGACCAAGGCCUUCCGCAGCAUACGCUACGCCUGGGUGCUGUGUCUGGUUGUGUGCGUGGCUGUCAUGUCCGCACACGGCCUGGUGCUGUUCAAGGACAACCUGCAGGACACCCACGACGACAAGGACCGCUGCUACGAGACCUACCCCAUGCCAAAGCCCGUGGUCCUGUUCAACCUGCUGCGGGUGGGCAUCGGCUUCCUGCUGCCCCUGCUGGUGCUGGGGCUCUGUUACUGGAGGAUCCUGGGCCAGGUGAAGCAGAGCGAGGGGCUGGGGGAGCAGGUUAAGAGGAAGGUACGGCUGCUCUCCUUCGGGGUGAUGGGGAUCUUCUCUGUGUGCUUCGCCCCCUACCAUCUCCUCCUGCUGACCCGUUCCCUGGCCUACUACUAUAUGGAAGAACAGAGGUACUGUGAGUUUGAGGAGAUCAUGCACUUCCCCUUCUCGUGCACGCUGGCCCUGUCCAGCCUGAACAGUGUGGUGGACCCAGUGCUGUAUGUGCUGGUCAGUAACGGGGUAAGGGAGGACAUGAGACUGUGCUGCUGUGGGAACAGAAAGAGUCAAAGGGAGAGAGACAGUUCCGUCAUCGCAGUAACAUGGAAGACACAUACAAACAUGAUCUGAUUACAUACAGUGUUUGUGUUCAGGGUUGGGUAGGUUACUUUCUAAAUGUAAUCAUUUACAGUUACUAGUUACCUGUCUAAAAUUGUAAUCAGUAACGUAACUUUUGAAUUACCCAAACUCCCUUUCUGUUACUUUUGGAUUACUUUCCCUUUAAGAGGCAUUGGAAGAAGACAAAAAGGAUCCAUCAAACGCAUUUGGUGUGUCAUCGUAGUGAUCCCUGACUCGCUCAGGUGGAACAAACUGAUGCUUUUUCAAUACUGAAUUGAAUACCAUUGAGAAAACAACAUCCUUUCUGAGUUUAAAAGUAAUCUAAGAAGUAAUCAUCUAGUUUUUCAAAAGUAUCUGUAAUCUGAUUACAAUAUUCUUGCUGGUAACGUAAUUGAUUACAGUUACAGUUUUUUUUGGUAAUCAGAUUACAUGUAACUGUGAGCGUGUCUGUUGUAUGUAUGCCCUUCAUCUAUUGCAGUAAAUCCCUUCCGUGCACAUUGUCAAAAGGACAGCAUGUUUGUCUGUGUGACUUCAAUAACAUGUUCUUUCAUAUCAACCCACUUUCAUGGACAAUCAGUCAAUCAGGUUGUCCUUAAAUUGUUCAAAGAAAAGGACUGUAGCCUUUGUGUAGUUUUUCUAAUAUCCUGCUUGGUGAUGAGGUUGGAUGUUCAUUCAUAUGCAUCAUGUUCUUUUAAUUGGACCUUUCUAUUAAUGCCUGUCCUCAUUGGUAUGGAAAAUCCUUUCAAAGGCUGUCUGUUCUGGCUUUAUGUUACAGGGUCGUUCCGCUUGAAGGGCCCUUGUAUCUCUUCAGGUCUGCCACAGGUUUUUAUUGAUAGAUGCUUGGUUUACAAAUGAACCUUUAUAUUCUAAUUUGCCUGUUUUGUGGACCGACAAAUGAGAACAUUGUUCAAUUUCAUAUUUAUCCUAAACAAAAUCUAUGUAGUAAACAAUGCUGGUGUUGAAAUCCCAGA